AUGGCGGCCUAUGCAGCUCUACUCUCUCUCAAGCAUAUCAUCCAACAGAUUCAGCUUCAUCCUCGCCCUCCAAUUUCGCUUCACCAAAACCAGGUGCUUUCUCUCACCGACACCCUCAAUUUCCUGCAAGAGUUUCUUGAAGUUUAUUCAUGUGGCGGCAGCAGCAGCAGCAGAGAAGCAGCAGAUGUCUUGGAAAGCCGCAUUGCAGAUGCAACUCAUGCGGCGGAAGAUAUAAUCGAAACCCGGAUUGUUGAUCAAAUUCUCGGUGGCGAAAGAGUCAGUUCCGAUGAGUUGUAUCAAGGUCUAGAGAAGUUGAUCCAAGACAUGGGUUUUAUCAAGAAAGAUGUGAUGGAGAUUAAAGAGAAGAACAUUGGAAUAAUCGAAGAUCAUUCUCUGCACACAAAUUCUCCCACGCUUGGAGGUUUGUCAAGUUCUCCUUCAACGAGGCAGAACGCCGUGGUUGGUCUUGAUGAUCUCUUAAUUGAAGUAAUGGAUAAGCUCACUGGACAACCAUCUAAUCUCCGCAUAAUCCCGAUUGUUGGAAUGGGCGGCAUUGGUAAGACUACUCUUGCUAGAAAUGCUUAUGGUAAGCCACUCAUUAUGCAUCACUUUGAUAUUCGUGCUUGGGUUGCAAUAUCUCAAAAUUAUAAUGUGCAAGAAAUUCUUAUAGAAAUUCUUCUUUGUAUAAGAAAAGACGAGAGCCGAGAAAUCUUGAGUUCGAAGAAUGAAGGUGAAUUAGGUGAAACAGUACACAAAAGUUUAUGGGGAAGGAGAUAUUUGAUUGUAUUGGAUGAUAUUUGGAGUGUUGAGGUAUGGGAUAAAGUGAAUUUUUUCUUCCCUGACAAUGGUCAAGGAAGUAGAAUAGUGAUAACCACUAGGCUAUCAAAUGUUGCUUCGAUUGGCUCUCGUGGCCUUGAGAUGAAUUUCCUAGAUGAUGAUACAAGUUGGGAUCUACUGUGCAAAAAUAUAUUUGAGAAAGAAGAAGACUGCCCUCAUGAAUUGGAGGAAAUCGGAAAGAAGAUUGCAAAAAAUUGCAAAGGACUUCCUUUGUCGAUUGUUAAGACAACGAGCGUUGCUUAA